AUGCCUGGCACCUCUCCCGUUUGCGACCAAACCAUUCCACUAGGCGCUGCGGAAACAGGGCUACCUACCACCCUUUCUAGCAGUCGUACUUUUCCCGAAGGAAUGGGCUUCCAGGAUGGACGUGAAGCAGAUGUGGUUACACUAAAUGUUCUACCAGAGGAGGCAACUGCGGUUGUGUCUGUCCUGAGCACCGACCAGAAACUAAGCAACGGCUCUAAGAAGGAUGCUGGCUUCUGGCUAAUUAUCUUUGCUCUGUGCAUGGCGACGUGGUUGGCAGCAGUAGAUCUCGCUGCUGUCUCCACUGCUCUUCCAACUAUAAUCGCAGCUCUUUAA